AUUGCAUAAGAAGUUGUUAUAUAGUUUACGAGUAUUUUCUUAUAAAGAUGAAGUGUUCCAAUUUUCUCACUUUUACCUUCUUUUUUCUGUCUUUCUCUCUCCUAAUUAGCCUAGCCACUCCUACGUUGUUGUUUCAGGGAUUCAACUGGGAUUCAUGGAAUAAGCCAGGAGGAUUGUACAACUUUUUAAAAGGCUCAGUUAAUGAUUUGGCUAGAGCUGGAGUAACUCACGUGUGGCUUCCUCCGCCAACGCACUCAGUUUCACCUCAGGGAUAUUUGCCUGGAAGACUAUACGAUCUGAACGCAUCAAAAUAUGGAAAUCAGAUGGAAUUAAAGACACUAAUAGCCAGUUUGCAUCAAAAAGGGAUUAAAAGUGUUGCAGAUAUAGUAAUAAAUCAUAGAACUGCCGAAUACAAAGAUGGAAGAGGUAUAUACUGCAUAUUCGAAGGUGGAACUCCAGAUAAUCGAUUAGAUUGGGGUCCUUGGGCAAUAUGUCGAGAUGAUACUCAAUACUCAGAUGGUUCAGGAAAUCCAGAUACAGGAGAUGGCUAUGCAGCUGCACCAGAUAUUGAUCAUCUAAAUCCUAGAGUACAAAAAGAGUUAAUAGAUUGGAUGAAUUGGCUUAAAACAAGUAUAGGCUUUGAUGGUUGGAGAUUAGAUUUCGUUAAAGGAUAUUCUCCUAGCAUAACUAAAUUAUAUAUGGAUCAAACUAAGCCAGAUUUCGCGGUUGGAGAGCUAUGGGACUCCAUUACUUAUCUUAAUGGUGCACCUGAUUACAACCAAGACGGACAUCGAAACGAGCUAGCUAGAUGGGUUCAAGCCUCUGGUGGAGGAGUUGUUACUGCCUUUGAUUUUACUACAAAAGGAAUACUUCAAUAUGCAGUGCAAGGACAAUGGUGGAGAAUGAAAGACCCUAAUGGUAGACCUAGUGGACUUAUUGGAAUUUUACCAAAAAAUGCUGUUACUUUCCUUGAUAACCAUGAUACUGGAUCUAGUCAAAAACUUUGGCCUUUUCCACCUGAUAAAGUCAUGCAAGGUUAUGCUUAUAUUCUCACCCAUCCAGGAAUACCAUCAAUAUUUUAUGACCAUUUCUUUGAUUGGGGAUUAAAGGAAGAGAUUAUAAGAUUAACUUCAGUUAGAACAAGAAAUGGAAUAUCUGAAACGAGUCGUGUCAAUAUUAUGGCAUGUGAUCCUGAUCUAUAUAUGGCAAUGAUUGAUGAGAAAAUCAUAGUGAAGAUUGGAUCAAAAUAUGAUACAGGCAAUCUUAUUCCUCCAAAUUACAAAGUUGUGACGUAUGGUAGCUGCUACUGCGUAUGGGAGAAGCAAAGCUAGCUUAGGUUGGAUUGUGUGAGGGUUUUCUUAAAAAAAUUGUUGUUCUCUUUUUAUAUUGCAUGUAACACUAUUAGAAAACAUGAUUAUUAAGUUGUGUUUUUUGGUAGACAUUCAUGAAUUAAAAUCAACCGUUUUAAUCAA